CGUAAGAAAGGGAAAUGUUACACGGGCGAGUGUCAUUCAGUGUGAAAGGGUCUAGUUUUGCCGCACACGUCGUGCAGGUUGCCGAUUUUGCUCAGAGCGAUCCGAAGUUAUUGUGGGUAGUGCGGCCAUGCUUGUGGCUUGUGCUAAAAGUGAUGAGGGGGUCUGGCGUGUGUUUCCUGUUUAUGGCGCCGUUUUCGUUCACUUCUAAUGUGAACAUGUACAGUUGCUGUCAAGAUCGCCCCCAUUCGACGUGGCGAUAGUUUUACUGGUGUUUCAGUGCGUCUUGGUCGCGCUAUCGAGUCGCCUCCACUGCGUCUUUUCAUCCCGCACCUCUGCCAUGCUGCCUGCCGCAUUGUUAUAAUGGCGGAGGACACGAAAAGUCUGCUUGGAGCAUGGAGGUGGUGUCGGGCACUGAGUCUGGCCAACAUUCCUCUGACCCCAGAAACAGCCCGGGACCAAGAGAGGAGAAUUCGCAGAGAGAUUGCUAACAGCAAUGAGCGUCGGCGUAUGCAGAGUAUCAAUUCUGGAUUCCAGUCUCUUAAAACACUCAUCCCACACAGUGAUGGAGAGAAGCUCAGUAAGGCUGCCAUCCUGCAACAGACAGCGGAGUACAUUUUUACUUUGGAGCAGGAGAAGACGCGGCUAUUGCAGCAGAACAGUCAGCUCAAACGAAUCAUACAAGAGUUAAGUGGCUCCUCUCCUAAGAGGAGGCGUGCAGAGGAGAAAGAUGAAGGGAUUGGCUCACCAGACAUCCUGGAGGAGGAGAAGACGGAGGACUUGAGGAGGGAGAUGAUUGAGUUAAGGCAGCAGCUGGAGAAGGAGCGCUCCGUCAGAAUGAUGCUGGAAGAUCAGAUGCGUUCCCUGGAUGCCGAGUUGUACCCAGAGAAACUGAAGGCGAUCACCCAGCAGGUGCAGGAGCACCAGACCCAAACACAGAGCCUCGUACAUCUGCAGCAGCACAAGCUGGAGAGGGACCUUACUCCAGCCCACAGCCCACAGGUGUCCGACCCGUCUACCCCCCCUGCACCUACACAUCAUGCCACAGUCAUCGUCCCUGCACCUGCCCAGCCACCCCAGCCCCACCAUGUCACCGUGGUAACCAUGGGCCAGACAUCAGUUAUCAAUACAGUGUCCACAUCUCGACAGAACCUGGACACCAUCGUUCAAGCAAUCCAGCACAUCGAGGGCACCCAGGGGAAGGGUUGCGCUGGCGAGGAAGAGCAACGGAGAGCGGUCAUUGUCACUUCAGGUCGCGUCCUCUCCGACCCGGCAGGCUCAGACACAGCCUCAAACAGCGACGGGCCCGAUGACUGUUCACUGCCCUGAGUUAUGCCCUGACGCCUCGCACGCCGUACAUUUACAUACACUCACACACUUCACACAUAAAAGGUCCAAGCAGACCAGGGCUACAGGAGGCUUCCAACCCACAGCACUCUAGUUCAGUGGACAUUAAUAGGGCUGUUAGACAGAUUAAAGCUCUCGUUUCUUGUUUAGUUCUCUCUUUUCAGUACACUCUUACAUGUUGUACCGUGAUAGGCAGCCCGACUAGGUUUACACUUAGACACUCAUACACACAGUCUCUUCUGCAUCCUUUUCUCUGCUUAACUUUAGCCCCCUGCUCUCUCACAAACACACGUCUACUCAUUCAUCUAUAGAGAGGUUAUUAGCGCGAUUACGUCACUGACUGAGCUAUAAAUGCUCCGUCAAACUGGAUACUAGAAUGUCUGGUAAACAUCCCCAUAAAUCGCCAGGACAGUUCUCUUUAUUCUGCACGGAAGCCAUCUGACUGAUCCACGAAACAGGAGACAAAGUCAAUGAAGAGCCCAGAAGUGUGGCGUCAUCACCACCCAACACCAGAGCAUCUUCGUUUCCGAUGAACGUCCUUUAAACCUCCUUCUCUGAGCUGCUUGGAGAGACACUGUGAGCUAACAAAGCUGUCUCAAAGUUCCACCUUUUUAGACUUCUGGAUGAACGAAUAUGUUGUUAUACUCUUGUGAAGUCUACUUUUUAAUGUUUUGUUUCUCUAAGGCUCCCUCAGCCAGCAAGUUAAAGUGAUUGUACUGGAAAAACACACAAAGAAAAGCACCACAAUGACGGGAAUUUAAAAGCUGUUUUCAUGGCUGACUGGUGCUCACAGGAAAUGAAGCGAAGAUCGAAAGGAGAGAGUGCGCUUACUGGUCUGUUCUGUUUAUGUUUGUUUGUUGCCAUUUUUUUUAACUGGGCUGGGUUCCCAGUAAUCCCACACGUGUAUUUGGCAUGUUCUUCCUUUUACUCAAAGCCUGACAAAACAAAUAUCAGUGCUUUCGACAUUUCUUGACACACGCCCCUCUUGAAUUUAAAAGCACCUGGCUUGUUAAAUAAGCUAAUCUGUGGUCACUCCUGAGUGAUUUCCACCGGUGUGUGUGUGUGGGUGGGUGUGUGUGUGUCCCAUUUUGAGUUUUGAAUCAGCAGUUGUCCCAGACUCUGGCAGUCUGUCGUAGCAGUGUUUUUGCCUUGAAAUGAAGGCUCUUGAUGCAUGUAUGUGCGCACAACACUCACACAUACAAAUUUGACUGACAUACAAUCACUUGUUCGCUCAAUCGUAAGGGCUUGUUUGUAUUUAGCCCUGAACUGAGUAGUUUCUUGUCCAAAUGUUAGGACAUCUAUCAAAGCAGAGUAUACUUCAAAUAUGAGGAAAAUGCCCAGUGAAAUUGUUUGAAUGUGCCACGGAGGUGACUGGGUUGACCACACAGGCUCUAUGCAUAUCCUUGCAUUGAUAAUUUGUCCUUUUCGCGCUUUUUGUCUAGUGUGCCAUGCUGUUUACAUGUUUCUGCUUAGAUCAUACUUUAAGUGUUUUUGCCUGGAGCUGUUGGUUGACAGUUAGACAUUAAGACAUGUAGCUGAGAGAGGCAGCAGCUUGCCUUACUAAUAGCCCGUGGGUGCAGGGAGGCACUGUGAAGCCAGCCUUAACACAGCCCCCGGGGUCUGAGAGACGCACCUGAACACUUGAUCUGGGCCGUUUGGUGGCCAAUGGAAUCCCUUUUGGCUUUCCCCAUAGCCUUUCCAAACGGGCUUGUAAACACCCGGGUGUGUUAAAAAUAUACAGUAUAUUCUCAGUUAUUUUGUCUAUUUCACUUAUGAUUGUUUUUAUUAUGUUUGCCACAAACAUGGAGCAGGUUGCUGGUAUACUAAUUACAUUUAAGCACUCCUGAUAUUUCUUCUCCCCAGGUAUUCAAAAGGUAUCUGAAUACUAACUCCUGGUUAGAUUCAAAUGUAGAUUUGCAACCGUUGACCCCUUUUGUGUGCACUACUAAAGCCAGAUGUGAGGCGGGGGGGAGGGGGAUUCCACAAUGAAAUGUUGACAUUCCAUAAGAUUUGACUAAUUCUUCCCUAUCAGGUUGCUUUUUAAAAUUGAAACCUGGUUUAUUUAGAGAUAAGUUACAUUUAGUGCUUUUGACAUAUCACUGCUAUUUCAUAAUUGCAUUUAGGGGGGAAAAAACUCAUUAUAAUCCCCUGCAUCGAUGCAUAGAUGUAGAUUUGAACUGCUGGACAGAUAAUGUGUUCAAUUGAACGCAUCUCAUCUAUCAUGAUUUAUGUCAUGGAAUUGCCCUUUACAGAAAUAUUGAUGUCAGCUGCACUGAAAUGAGUGACGCACCUGUCAUAUGAAAUCAUGGGACAUUUUCCCAGUACUUAUCACUAUAGGCAGGGGAUUCCUGGAUAUUGAAAACGUGUUUUGCAAGCUCUGCUUUUUGUAGAACCCUUAGAUAGUUUUCUGCUGAAUCCCAGAACUGUUUUAAUUCCCAUCGGUGUUUUACACUUUGUUCUGUGUGUUAGGAAACCCUACGUGGACAUAUCAGAUUGUCAGAUGAGUGGGAUGGGCCUGGGGAUCAUUAAAUGGGGUCAAGAUUACAAAGCACUUACUGUACUAUACUGGGGUCCGCCUCUUUAUUUUGUAUAAGGGGGCAUCUCCUCAUCUGAAGCUCUUGAGGUUAUAAGUAAAAGCCACACAGCUGUGUAUCCUUCUCCUCCCUGUCCAGACCGCCUACAUCAUUGUCCUGUUUGCCCCUCAAAGGUUUUUGAAAAUCUUUUAUGCUGUCUUUGUUUAUCUAUUGUCAAUAUCUCUUGUACCCCUUUACACAUUUCGCCGCUCCCUCCUCUCCCUCUCCCUUUGUCUGUUCUCUAUAACUUUUUUUUGUUAGACCUGUCGGUGCAUAUGGUCGUCAAGAAGCUAUUUUGUGUCUUUGUUUUGUUUUUAAGAGAAAUGUUUUGGGGAUAAAGAGGCUUGUGCCUUUGUAAAGACAGAAUAAUAAAGUUUGUACUUUGUUUUUUAUGCAUUGA